AUGGACCUACAUGCCAAAGCUGGGGGCGUCUUUCCGGGGAAGGCGCCGGGCCUCGGGCCUGCUAUCCCGUCGGGAUUUGACCCGGACCUGGAACCCGAGACCAAGAAGAGGGAAGCAGCCCCAGGGGCGACAAUGUCUCCUACGAAGAAGCGGCCGGAAUCUACCAGUGCAGUGACUAUGAGCGAUCUUCAACAGCUACUUGCCGAACAAACAUUCACACUGCAAAGCCACCAGCAUGAAGCCAUCAAGGCGGCGGUACAUGAGCUACGUGAUUCUACACGUGCUGAGUUGGGGGGUAUCAAGGCUACCUUGAGCAAGCACGAUGAUCAUAUCCUUCAACUCCGAGACGCGCAGGAUCGAAUGGAACUGCGCCUGACGACCCUCGAACAAAAGGGGGUUACCUCCUCGGCAGGGUCUACUGCUGAUGAGCGUGCAGGCCAAAUGGAUCUGAUGAUUGUGGGCGGCUGGGAGGAGAACACCCCGCGUGAAGUCCUGCUUGCGGAGCUCAAGGAGGCCCUCGAGACCAUGGGCAUCCCGGACUUCUUUAGGGACUACUUCACCAUUGGGCCCAGGAAAGGGUUCGCCAUGUGCUUGGUUGCAACCACCGCCAACGAGGCUCCACAGGACCUCAAAAGGAGGAUGAUCUUCACAGCGCAGCAGAUUCGCCAGCAGAACUACAAGGCUCCUUCGAUGCGGGAGGGGAAGACCCUUCGUGCCACAUUGGGCCGCACCGCUGCAGAGAGACAAAGAGCUGCGCACGUCGGCAAAAGCAAACGCCUGGUCCUUGAGUUCAACCAGGAUGUCCUACCUUAUACAGACUCGGAAUGGGGUCAGGGGAACUUCUGGUUGAACGGCACGGUCUGCUCGAGCUCAACCAGACCUCCACCUAGAGAUGCAAAAACUGCAGCGGGCAAGAGCCCAGGGAGCUGGAUUGACCUCGGCUUCAUCGCUCGGAGCAUAGGAGCCAACCUCGAUGACCUCGCGGUAUGUAUUCCAGAACAGCAGUUGGACGUGAUCACCCCACCGCCAAGCGGUAGCACUUUUGAGAACCCACGGGACCGGCCCAAUAAGGGCCGCCCGCUGCCGACACCUGCCCUCCCUCGAGUGCUUGAGUUGGCUUGUUUUACUUGGAACAUCGGUGGCAAGCCCUUGGAGGAUGCCAUUAAAAGCCUCUGUCUCACCAGCCCAGUGUAUCCCGAUGUAAUUGCUUUUCAAGAAGUGGCCAGGCGAGCUGUCGGAUGGAAGUCAGACCAGAUCGACCAGUUCACCAUUGUCCAGACCAGACACGACUCUCAGUGGAGGGGGAACGCGCUAGCCUUCCGGACUGACGGUUUCUCCCUUGUACAAGGCAAAAGCUGCCCGCAUGGCAUCUGGAUUAAGCUGAAGCACAAAGAUACUGGACAACAGAUCUGGUACGGGAGCCUCAGACUUGAUACAGGCUGCACUGCAGAUGUCGCUGCAGAACAAACACAGAUCCUUAUGCAAACCCUGCCGAACACCCCGCUUCCGGUGCUCCUACUGGGGGACUGGAACACCAAACUACGGUGGACUGGCAGAGCUUCCAGAGGAGAAGUGCGACCAGUGGACGGCAGAGGAGACUACGUGACCUCAGAAGUCCAUGACCGUGGGCUCAAGUUUGUGCCACCGGCACCCGCGCAGUGGAUGACACCCACUAGCCGACCCCGGAGAGCUAAUGCAGCGGGGCAUCAGAUUGACGGGGCUGCCUCGAUGCACGCCAGAACCGGGACUGUCACCAUCUUCCCCGAUUCCUACAAGCUCAUUGGCGGGGACCAUGACUUCCUUCGAGUGCCUCACAGAUUGAGAACCUCUUGCCAACGACCAGGGGAACGCCGGACGACCCAACCGCGAACAGUGACCGGCAAACUCCCCAGUGUGACGAGGAUGGACCAAACCAUUAUGGAGAGACUCGCAGCCCGGCUGACAAAGCCGAGACGCUCCUGUACUUACCGGGACCCCGAGGAGGUCAAGAACUUGUACCGCCGGGCCAAGACCUCAGGAUCGGAGCACGACUGGAAAACGGCCCAUAAAGCCAGGCGCACUGCGCAUGACAAAUGGAGGACUGCUAAGCUAGAAGAGGCUGCCAGUGGCAACUGGGCUGCCAUGAAGCACACCAAACAACACGCUGGUAAUGAAUGGGCGGUACACUAUAUCGAGGCGUCCGACAGUAACCAGCAAGAACCGCUGAAAUGGACUGUGGAGCACUUCAGAGCCCUCUUUCAGGCCCCGGCACCUAGGCAACCUCCCUGCUGGACCAAGGAAGCGAGCCAGGGGCAACCAAUUACCGUGGAAGAGGUGAACAAUGCAGUGGACAAGGGACACACCAACAAGGCGGUUGGAGAGGACCUCACAUCCUUUGAACUCCUCAAAGCUCUUGUUAAGGACCCCCCUACAGGCAAGGCCAUUGCAGAUUGGAUGGAACGAAUCCGGCAAGGGGAGGAAAUCCCGGAGAGCUGGACCCGCAUGAUAGUGACCUUGUUGCCGAAGGUUGACAAGCCACAAGGACCGGGUGACCUUCGCCCCAUAAGUUUAGGAUCCUCCAUAGGUAAGACCUUCGGCACGAUCCUCUUAGCGCGCACCAGAUACCACAUUGCCCCCCAGGGGGCGGCCCAAUGUGCUCAUAAUGGAAGACAAACAUCGGACUUCCUAUUCACUGCUCUGCGAUCCUUCGCUCUUGACUCCGAGUGGAAGAUGGGUUUAUGUUGGGCGAAACUCGACGUACAAAAAGCUUUCGAUAGUCUGAAUCGAGAUAGAGCCCUUCGCCUGCUGCGAGAUAAAUUGCCAUCUGACAUGAGCUUAGAAUAUAACUGUUGGAAACGGCUAUUUGAAGAGAGUGUGGCAAUACUACGCACCCCGUGGGGUGACGCUGAAAUUGUCCAGUCCAGAGGUAUACGCCAGGGAGCUGUCGAAUCACCCUGGAUAUUUGCUGUUGCAAUUGAGGCCGCAUUGGCGGAGGCCCAGGAGAAUCGCGACUGGCCUAAGACCAUACCUGCGGCCCCGGGAAUUCCCGUAUCCGAGAUCUUAUUCAUGGACGACUCCUUGGUGUGGGCAGCUGACAGACCGAUGAUGGUGACCAAAUACAACCUGCUGCGCCAGCACCUAGCGGAAUGGGGACUGCGGAUUAAUGCUGCCAAAACAAGAUAUUAUGUGUCCCCGUAUUCCACGACACCAGGUCCCAUCCACCUUAGAUGA